AUGGCGACGAGUCUGGUUUCGAACUUACGCUUAUCCAAGGAAACUGAUUGUGUCAGAGAGUGGCUGGAAAUCUUUGAAAACGCCGCUUCUGUGUUCAUUUUCGCACACGCAGAUAAGUUACCAGAUGACGCAAACGAGAAAACUGCUAAAAAAGCAGAACUCAUGAGAACACUGUUAACAGUCAAUCUGGGGCCUGACGCGUUGAAGAAGUUGCGUGCAUUUACAUUUCCAGCUGAAAUUAAAGACACUGACUACGCUACCCUGAGAAAAACUCUUGUUGAUCGGUUAUCACCCAAAACGAACAUUGUAGCUCAACAGCAGAAGUUUAUGACGUUGAAUCAGAUUGCUGGUGAAUCCUUAUGUACUUUUAUGUCACGAUUGAAGGAAGCUGCUAAUGUUUGUCAGUUCGGUGAUUUGUUUGAUUUAAUGGUGCGUACACGUUUUGUGGCUGGACUAUCCUCUGAUAGGAUACGUGCUGAACUCAUAUCAGAAUCUGCUACCAACGACACGUCUGCCAGCCUGUUUGAUAAAGCUCAGACGAAGGAGAACGCUCUGCAAAGUUCAAUGUCAGUCACAACACACUAUGUUCAAAAACCCGGGAAGUUUCAAAAACCUCAAAACUCUAAGUUCCAUCAGAAGGCCGACCUUAGCAUUGUUUGUUCACGUUGUACUGUUCGUGGUCAUGUUGCGAAAAACUGCAAAGUUCGUUGCAGAAACUGUCGCAAACCCGGACAUAUCGCGAAGAACUGUCGUUCAGCUAAGAAGCAAUCCCAUUGUGUUGAAGGGAUUGGUGAUCAUGAUGAUGGCAACGCUUGCGCUGCUGAUUAUGGGUACACACACCAAGAGUUGGAGAACACGUUGUACUGCGUGGAGACGGCUGAUCCUGUCCAGAUUCCAGUACAGAUUCCUGUUCCCGAUGGUACUCUUCCUGCAUCAGUUGUUAGUAAUUUAUCCAGUUGUAUUGAUUGUAAUCAGAAACCAUUUCUUAAAGUUAAGAUUAAUGAUAAGAUUUUGAAAAUGGAGUUAGAUACUGGUUCAUCUUUAAGCUGUAUAAGUAAGUCUGAUUUUGCUAGACUAGGACUAACUGAUUGCCAGAUUGUUCCAUGUUCCCAGAAAUUGCGAGUAGCUAAUUUUAAUUGUGAAAGCAUUGACUGCAAGGCCCUUGUAAACGUUGAAUUUAGAGGUAAGAAAUGGAUUUUACCACUAUAUGUUGUCGAUUGUCGGUUUCCCACACUCCUAGGUCGAGAGUGGAUCAUCCAGAUGUUUGGUAAAAACUGGUUGGAUCAUAUGAUAGGACUUGUUGAUGUUGAGCAAUCUUACGCUGUCUCCAAGCUUCAGAGAGAUGAAUUUGUUAGUGAGAUACUCCGCAGUCCUGUGUUCGAUCCUGGUGUUGGAACUGUUAAAGGAUUCGAAGCUUGUCUACAAUUUAAGCCUGAUGCGAGAGCAAAGUUUUGCAAGGCAAGGCAGGUCCCAUUUGCCAUCGUAGACAAGGUUGGGAAAGCCAUAGACGAGUUAGUGAAGAAUGGACAGCUGAUUCCAACAGAGCACUCAGACUGGGCUUCACCCAUAGUUCCUGUCAUGAAAGCGGAUGGUACGAUUCGCAUAUGUGGUGACUACAAGACUACCGUAAAUCCUAAUCUUGACACAGCUAUUUACCCACUUCCUACGAUAGAAGAUUGCUUGAGUAAGAUUGUCGGAGGUAAACUGUUUACUAAGCUGGAUAUCAGAGCCGCUUAUAAUAGUUUGAAGUUAAGAGAAUGUGACCAAAAGAUUGUGACUUUGAACACACACAAAGGAUUGUUCAGUCCUACUUCUCUACCAUUCGGUAUUUCAUCUGCCGGACCGAUAUUUGAACGCAAGAUUGAUGAUACCUUGAGAAAGACAGAGAACACAGCAUGGCGUGUUGACGACAUUCUAAUAACUGGACCUGAUGAUGAGAGUCACAUGAAGAACGUGAGAACGGUGAUUACAGCACUAGAGAAUGAAGGCUACAAAUGCCGGCUAGACAAGUGUGUUUUCAUGGAGCCUAAGGUGACAUUUCUUGGCCAUGAAGUAUCUGCUGACGGGAUAAGACCGCUGAGUUCGAAAGUUGAAACGAUAGUGAGAGCACCGUAUCCUACUACUAGAGCGGAGAUGAUAUCAUUUCUUGGUGGUGCACAGUACUAUUCACGUUUUAUUCCCAACAUGUCAACAGUUGUUGAACCACUUAACCGUUUAAGACCCGCUGACAGUAUUUUCCACUUUGGAGAUAGAGAAAAGAGAGCUUUUGAUGAGUUAAAAGCGCUGUUAUCGUCUGACUUGGUUCUAACAGUCUACAACCCUGAGCUGGAGUUAAAGCUUGACACGGACGCUUCAUCCGUUGGUUUAGGAGCUGUUAUGUCACAUAUUGAUGAAAAUGGGACAGAGCGACCGAUCGAGUAUAUAUCUCGAACACUGACGAAAUCGGAGAGAAACUAUUCCAUGAUAGAAAAAGAAGCAUUGGCAAUAGUUUGGGCGACUAAGAGACUGCACCGUUAUCUUUUUGGACGACCGUUUACCCUAGUUACAGACCACAAGCCGCUGGAAUCUAUCUUUCACCCUAGUCGUGGAAUUCCUAGCAUGGUGGCAGGUCGUUUACAACGAUGGUCAUUGUUCCUAAGCGGUUACACUUACAAGAUCCAGUUUCGACCCACUGGUAAACAUUGUAAUGCUGAUCUAUGUUCCCGUUUUCCACUGCCUUUAGACACAUCGGCAGAGACGAGAGAGUUUGAUGACGAGUUAACAGAGGAGUUUGAAAUGAAACCUCUAGAUACUGUUUUCAGCGUGCACUACUUCGGUGAUGACAAACCUUUGAUUGACGCUGAGUUAAUAGCUAGUCAAACAAGAAGAGACAAGACACUUGGUCGAGUGUUACAGUUUGUUAAAGACGGCUGGAACGAGAAACCCCCUGUUGAUGUCGAGCUGAAACCGUUUUACACACGUCGAAACGAGUUGUCAGUAGACCAGAACUGUAUUGCCUGGGGAUCUCGAGUUGUUAUUCCAGAGAGUAUGAGAAAGAGCGUGCUUUCAAUGCUUCAUGCAACACACAUGGGCAUUUCACAGACCAAAGCACUAGCGAGAGGCUAUGUUUAUUGGCCAAACAUGGAUGCUGAGAUCGAGAAAAUGGUUAAACUAUGUGAACCAUGUCAACUAAACCAGAAGAAACCCGCUAGAUCUACACCACACCCAUGGGCUAAAACUAUGGAGGCUUGGGAGCGGAUUCAUCUAGAUUUCUGUGGACCCUUUCUUGGAUCUAUGUGGCUGAUAGUUAUCUGUUCGUAUUCAAAAUGGUUAGAAGUUGUUAGAAUGACGAACAUUACAAGUAAGAGAGUGAUUCAAGAGUUACGAGACAUCUUUAGCCGUUGGGGACUACCCAAGAUACUAGUAUCAGACAAUGGAUCGAGUUUAACUUCAGAAGAGUUUAAAGUAUUCACGAAUAAUAACCAGAUUCGACACGUGCUUAUUCCUGCUUACUCACCUGCAAGUAAUGGACAAGCAGAAGUUGCAGUCGGACUGUUUAAAAGAGCUAUGAAACGGAUGAUCUUGAAAAACCCUAACGUUAUGUGUAACCUGGCUGAUUGGCUGCUUAACUACCGCAACACACCACACACCACUACCGGAGUAGAGCCUGCAGUUGCGAUGAUGAAACGACGGACGAGAAACGCCUUGAGUUUUCUACACCCGAGUUCGAGUAGUAAGUUUGCCAAAGUUGCUUUAAACGAUCAGAACACGAUUGCUGAAUCGAGACUUCGUGAUAUGAAGAUUGAUGACACUAUAUCGUUCUAUGAUGAGAACAAGAAGUGCUGGAGAAACGGUGUUAUCGAGGGUAAGGAAGGUACCAAAGUGCUACUGAUCAAGACACCUGAUGGAGUCUACCGCAAGCAUUUGGACCAGGUAAUCAAGAGAUCUGUUGUGUCAGAACCGUUGCAACAAACAGAUCCGGAUACACCACGAGUUGAGCUGGAGAUAAGAGAUGAGCAGAGCUCUACAGCUAUUGAGGGUGAUUUCAAGAAGACAGCUAGCUUACCUGAGAGUACAGAGCCGGAAACUUCGAUUAUAGUUGGUAAUAAUCCAAAUCUACCCGCCGAGCCUGACCAUAAGGCAGCCAUUGAACCUAUAAUCACUGCACAACCUCAAUCUGCCCAUAAGAAGUUCCAUUCUACUGAGACCAUCUUGUUAAAAGUAACAAAUGACCUACUGCUGGCAUGUGAUAGCAAAUCCUCCACUGUUCUCAUGAUGCUCGAUUUAUCUGCAGCCUUUGACACAGUGGAACACAGAAAAUUACUCAAAAUUCUUUCUGAAGAGAUCCAUAUCGGAGGUACUGCUCUUAAAUGGUUCAAGAGUUUCCUGGUAGGCCGCACUCAAAGAACCAGAAUAGGCUCUUCUACUAGUGAUACGAUCAUUCUAGAAUUUGGUGUACCUCAAGAUCGCAAACCACGUGCCAAGAAGAUACGCAAAUCAUUCUUCAACCUCACCGGUCAAGAGACUCAUAUAGCUGGUGUAUCCCGAUGUCAAAGAAUUAUGAAGGAGACCAUGUGCGAAUUGAAUGAAUUCAAGUAUGGAAUGGAGACCGAGAGAUCAAAAUUUGGUUACACUGAUCCAAAUCGAAAACAGGUGAAGAACUUUGUAGAAGAUGUGGAGAGCCUGCUUGAAGAUAAAAUAUCAGGGGGUUUUAAUAAGUUGGUGUUAACAGCGCUAUAUCCCCCCGAGGGGGCGGAACCCCCAACCAUUCCCCAAUUAGAGACUGCCUGGUCUGGGCUUCUUCCCACGUUAACCGAGGUGAAAGAGGAGUAUACCAGACUGUGUAAGAUGAGGGAUAACAACUGGGCCACGCCCGAACCAAUGAAACCAAAAGCAAAGACCCCUCGUAAAGCCACAAAACGGAGAGGAAGAAAGAAAGUUGACAACAAAGAGAAUUAA